UAUAUGUAAUGUGACAAGCCAAUUUGUACCUAGUAUAUUAUUCUAGAAUAAGUUCAGAUCAGGAAAGCCAGAACUGGCCGCAGUUCCACACAGCAAAGCCUUGGAGGAAAGCCUGCCCUUAAAAUGAACACGGCCAGAGCUUUAAAACACGAUCAUAGUAUCGUCAGUUAUUCCUUAGACCUGCCGCCUCGUCACUUGCAACACCUCUUCACGAUUAACCUGCCGGACAUGGUAGAGCGGACUGGGCUUUGCUCGCUUCCCGACGGUGCGGAUCUGGCUUUUGAUUCUGUUGGCGAAGCGGGAGGGGGGGGCGGAGGCGAGACGGAACUUUGGCUUUUAUUCGGGGAAAAGGAAAUGUUGAUCUAAAGGAGCAGGGGAGCCUGUGACAACACGCGCGCCGCACACUCGCGCAGCAUCGCUGUCGCCGCCGACGCGCACACAGCCACCCUGCAAUCUCAGCCCGGCGCUUCUACGGCUCCGAGCCGCUUUCCUCUUCCUCCUCCUCCCGCACAGGCGUGCGCGCACACACAGGGACACACAUACACCACACACACAGAGAGAGAGGGGCACACGCACACAUGCGCCACCACCGCCACCGCCACCCGGCGCUCUCUCGCAAGACUCCGGGGUAGCGCAGUCGGGCCCUGCCGCCCUCGUCUUGGACGCAACGACUGCCCGCAGAUCCUGCUGCCUCGCCGCCAGGCGCGAUCGUUUCCCGCCGCCCGCUCAUCCCCUCCCCGCCCCAAGCAACGGCCUCUCUCGCCACGCCACCGGGGAGCCUCCAUGUGUUUGGGGGAGAGGCAGCCGCCGCUGGUCGCUGAGUCUCUCCGCCGGCUGCUUCCCGGCGAUCGUCGCUUCUCUUGGAUUCCCGAGCGCCAAGGCGAGGCCAAAAGCAGCAGCAGCAGCAGCAGCGGCUGGCAAAGGAUUCCCGCCGCCAUCCCCCGCCCUCCAGCGGCAGGUGCAGCCUCAGCCGGGCAGCCUUCGCGCUCGCUUCUCCAGCCGCGUCUUCGCGCCUGCCUGCAGCCUUACCUCCCCCGGCAGCCCCACGCCGCUGAGCCGGCGAACCGUUGCCGCUGCCGUCGCCGAGUACUGGCGGGCGGCCGCCGCCGCUGGCCUUGCUUUCAGUGCGGCUUCCCCUCCUCCCCCCCGCUCGUCGCCCUGCCCCGGCUCUGACCAUGAUGGACCUGAAGGUGGACGAGGAGGAGGUGGAAAACGGACAGCCGGUCAGCAUGGAGGCAUUUGCCAGCAGUUCCACGCUGCACGGCCUGUCCCACAUCUUCUCCUACGAGCGCCUCUUAAUCAAGCGCAUCUUCUGGACCUUGUGUUUCCUGGGCUCCUUGACCGUGCUGGUCUUCGUCUGCAAUGAGAGGAUCCAGUACUACUUUCACUACCCUCACGUCACCAAGCUGGACGAGGUGGCUACCACCCACAUGACUUUCCCAGCCAUCACCUUCUGCAACCUCAACGAGUUUCGCUUCAGCCGAGUGACCAAGAAUGAUUUGUACCAUGCUGGGGAGCUCCUCGCCCUGCUCAAUAGCAGGUAUGAGAUUCCGGACACCCAAAUGGCUGAUGAGAAACAGCUGGAGAUCCUGCAGGAGAAGGCAAAUUUCCGCAACUUCAAGCCCAAACCUUUUAACAUGCGGGAGUUCUCAGACCGAGCUGGCCAUGAUAUCCAGGAAAUGCUCCUCUCCUGCUUGUUCCGUGGGGAGCCAUGUGGUCCCUCUGACUUUAAAGUGGUUUUUACCCGCUACGGAAAGUGCUACACCUUCAAUUCUGGCCAGUCUGACAAGCCACCCCUGGUCACCAUGAAGGGGGGCACCGGCAAUGGUUUGGAGAUCAUGCUGGACAUUCAACAGGACGAAUACCUUCCAGUCUGGGGAGAGACAGAUGAGACAUCCUUUGAAGCUGGGAUUAAAGUGCAGAUCCACAGCCAGGAUGAGCCGCCCUUCAUUGACCAGCUGGGAUUUGGAGUGGCACCUGGCUUCCAGACGUUUGUGUCCUGCCAAGAGCAGCGGCUUAUCUAUCUUCCUUCACCUUGGGGUGAAUGCAAGUCAGUGACAGUGGAGUCUGAAUUCUAUGACACCUAUAGCAUCACUGCUUGCCGCAUAGAUUGUGAAACCCGCUACUUGGUAGAGAACUGCAACUGUCGUAUGGUGCAUAUGCCUGGUGAUGCUCCCUACUGCACCCCUGAGCAGUACAAAGAAUGUGCAGAUCCUGCCCUUGACUUCUUAGUGGAGCGAGACAAUAAUUAUUGUGUAUGUAAGAUGCCUUGCAACGUCACUCGCUAUGGUAAAGAGCUGUCCAUGGUGAAGAUCCCCAGCAAGGCCUCAGCCAAGUAUUUGGCCAAGAAAUACAACAAGAGUGAACAGUACAUUGGGGAGAACAUCCUGGUUCUGGACAUCUUCUUUGAGGCUUUGAACUAUGAAACUAUCGAGCAGAAGAAAGCAUAUGAAGUAGCUGGACUGCUGGGUGACAUUGGGGGACAGAUGGGGCUGUUUAUUGGGGCCAGUUUACUGACUGUGCUUGAGCUUUUUGACUAUGCCUAUGAGGUUAUUAAGUUCCACCUUUGUCGCCGUGACAAGUGUGAGAAGAAACACAAAGGGAAUAACAGUGACAAGGGUGUUGCCCUGAGCCUGGAUGAUGUGAAGCGCCAUAAUCCAUGUGAGAAUAUCCGAGGCCAUCCAGCAGGCAUGACAUACGCAGCCAACAUCCUACCUCACCACCCAGCCCGAGGAACUUUUGAGGAUUUUACCUGUUAACUGACAACUGGAUGUACAACUAACACUACCAAAGGGAAGGGGCCAUGCUGAGCAGCUUUGGCCCAGCCCAGCCCGUGGACCUGCCAACCUUUUGCAGGGCCUCUAUCUCAGACAACUGGGGAGGCAGUAGAAUCCAGCCUCUCCUCAUCCAUCCGCCCCAGGCCAAUGCAGCGAUACGCACAUGGAGCCAGCUGGACAGAGGUGAGGCUUAGCUGCCAGAUCCGUUCCAGUUUCUGCUCGUUCCAAUGACACCCUUGAACUUUAAAUAUAACAGAAGUGCUGCUGGAAGAACACACCCCCCCCCGCGCGCAGUAUUCAAUGGAGGUGAGGGCACAGCCUUCUCCAGUCCACAAUCACUGAAGUCUUAACUAUGUGUCUCUCCUUCUGUAUCUGUCAUGCUCCCUAACCACAGCAAGCCUUGUGUGGCAGUGGUCAUUGUGUGCAAAGCCCCGCCCCUCUCUCUUUUAACCCGAAUGCCAAGAAGAAUCUACAGGAACAGAUAGAGCCAGACUGUUUCUGUGGCAUUCUCUUUGUAGAGGCUACUUAUCUAUCCAAGGAAGUGCUGCUUCAGUUCUCUUCCCUUCCCCUUCUGACUGUGCACUGUGGGAGGCCAGUGGUCAUAGCCUUCCCUGGAGCAAGACUGCGAUUGAACUGGGAGAGCCACUUCCAUAGGAUGUGCCAUCAUCUGCUCAUCUCAUCCAACUGGCAGCUUCUCAUUUGACCUGGCCUGGACUCUGCUCUUCUUUGAGCCCUUGCCUAUUCCAUCCAUCACCUCAGCCCUCCAUGAGAAAGGCAGGUAGCAAAGCUGUUCCAAAGGUUACAACGUUCGCAUGAUGAGCUGCCUGGGCCCCUUCUGUGCAUGUUAUUAAGAAAGAUGUGACAAUUCUUAAAGUAGUGAGGUUCCGAGACAAGCCUACCAUUUCACAGAAUUUUCCAUAUUGUACAAAAGAGAUUUUCCAAAGAAGUCAUGCUUCGGGGUCUGUAGCUACCAAUAAGAGAAGAAAGCAAUGCGCCUGUCUCUUAAUUUGAGCUUCCCUCUUUAUUUCCCAUGGUAACAUGGCAACAUCUAGGAUAUUCCUGCAGGCAAAAAUAAUGCACCAACAUUACUUUGGCUGGCAGAAGCUUAGCGCUUGCUUUAGCAAGAAAGAACAGAAGGGAUCUUGAGGGCAAUGAUAAGGGUAGCUUGGUUUAGUACAAUGUGGAAAUGAUAUUGCCCCUUAGUCUUUAAGGGCAGAAAUAGUCCCUUAUCACUUUCAGCCAAGAUUUCAUAGGUAAGGCUUAAGAUACCAUUCUGAGACAGAGGGUCUCCAGGCAAAAUGCAUACUAAUGAUGCAAGGCAUUUCCUUAUUAUACAUCAUCAGCAUACUGCAAAACAAAGGAACAGUUAUGGGAAGACGUUUCACUGGAAUAAAUUGUCAAGUCAGGCUCCCUGUUUUCUCCUAUGUUAUAGCAGUCACUAUUACAUCCCAGUCACAGUCAACUAGUUGGUUUUUCAGCCAUCUAGCCAUGAUACCAAUAGUCAAGCCAAGAUGAAUGGUUUGCAUUGGCAAGGAGCAUUUGCAGACUGGGAAUGAUGGUGGACAUUCUAGCAAAGCCACGGGUCAGGGAGGGUGGCAUGAGCUUCCUUUUUGUAGCCAUCGCUUUUGUCUUGUCUUACGUCUCCUAUACAACCGGUCCAUAGUGCCUGAUACUUCUCCACCUGAGAAAGGCAGAGACAUCAGAAUGGAGGUUUGAUUUCCGCCCCCCCCCCAAUUCCUGAAUAGGCAUCAUUUCAACUCAUAUUAAGAAGAGCCUGGAUGUGUGGUCCUGUGAUGGUAGGUCCCGCAGCCUACUCAAAAGACUGACAUCACCAUCAGUGAAGGCUUGUCUUAACAUUUCCUUCUCCAAAAAUGAACUAAUAUGACCUUGUCUUGUAAGUGUUCCAUUUACU